AUGGAGGGCAGGAUUCCAGUCAUAUUAGAGCAGUUCAUGAGCAGCCCUCUUGUCACUUGGGUUAAGACUUUUGGUCAACUAGGUGACAAAAAGGGGAACAUGGUCUCUGAAUACGCUGAAUUAGUGGACGGCAUAUUCUUGAACAAGGUCAUGAAGCAAAUAAAUCCCAAAGUUACUGCUCAAGGUUUAAACAAAGUGAAAGGUGUUGGUCAAAAAGCCCAAAACCUGUCUGUUCUCAUUUACCACAUCAAAUCAUACUACCAGGACACCCUGCAUCAGCUGAUCAUGAUGCCUCCUCCUAAUGUGCUGCUGCUGGGCAGGAAUCCAGUCUGUGAGGAAGGUCUAGAAGAAAUGAGGAAGUUGCUGUUACUGUUGCUUGGAUGUGCUGUGCAGUGUGAAAAAAAAGAGGAAUACAUUGAGAAUAUACAAAGACUUGACUUUGACACAAAAGCAGCAAUCGCGGCUCAUAUCCAAGAGGUGACUCACUGUCAGGACAGUGUGUUUGAUCUGCACUGGUUGGAGACAGAGGGUCUGUGUCCAGAUGAAUGGGAAAACAUCUGCAGAAGUAUGACAAUCAAUCUCAAAAUUCUAGUGGACCAGAGAGACCGACAAUUUGAGACACUCGUGGAGCUGUUGCAGGGGAAAGAGACAGUGCAGUCUGCAAUGUUCAGUGAUGGCCCCUCCCUCACCGAGUCCUCCAGCAGUCAGCUCCCUUUAUCCCAGCAGCAUCUGGCACUAGAGCUGAGCGAUGCUAAAGCCAAGAUCAAACGCCUCAGACAGGAGCUAGAAGAGAAGAGUGAACAGCUGUUGGACUGCAGACAGGACCUGGACAAUAUGGAAUCAGAGCUUAAAAGGCUCCAGCAAGAGAACAUGCAACUGCUAACAGAUGCGCGAGCGGCAAGAAUGUACCGUGAUGAGCUGGAUGCCAUGAGGGAACGAGCCAUCAGAGCGGACAAACUGGAGAGUGAAGUCACUCGCUACCGAGAUAAACUUCACAAUAUGAACUUUUACAAGGUCAAACUGGAGGAGCUAAAAGAGGAUAAUCAGGUGUUGAUGGAAAGUAAAGCCAUGCUGGAGGAACAGCUACAGAACAUCAUAGCACGAUCUGACAAACUGCACCAACUUGAGAAACACAACCUACUACUAGAAGCAAAAGUCCAUGACAUGGAAGAGGAGAGAGAUGUGGACAGGAGACGCAUAGAGGAGCUAUUGGAAAGAAACAUUGCACUGGAGCUCUCGCAGAAAAGAAGUAUGGAGGAGUCACAACAUCUGGGCUGGGAGCUAGAGCAGCUCACCAAGAACCCACAUCAAACUUUUGGAACAGAGCUGAAGUCUUUGGGCCAGGAGGUAACAGAGACGACAUGUAGCAGGUUGCUGAAAUUGGAAAAAGAGAACCAGAUGAUGAAAGCCCUGGAAGAACUAGGAGGAACCAGACACCCAUCAGAUGACUUUCAUUCUUAUACCAGUGAAGGGUGCCCUGCACAGGGAACACUGGAGAAUGACUCUAAUGGGAAAGAACAGGACAAUGGAAGUGUUCAAGUAAUUGAAUGCUUUUCUGAAAAGGAGAAGGAAGCAAUGGAUGCCAAACCUGAAUAUGUAGUGGAAAAUGGGGGAAUAGAGCUAGAAGAUUGUACGACUGCCAUAUUUUCUUCAGCAUUUGCUGGGCACAACUUUCCAAUGACCACACAGACCCCCAAAAAUGAACAUCUGCAUGCAUCCUUGGAAAACGGUAACUGCAAGCUCCAAUGUCUUGAAGUAGAACUCCAUGAACUGGAGAUAGAGAAUCAGAUUCUUCAACAUAGUUUCAAGUCAAUCACCAACCAACACCAAGGACAACUGGAGAUAGAAAACCAAGGUCUAGUGGAGAACGAACAUGUAAAACAAGAUAGGAAUUUUAUGGAGAAGGAGAUUAGGAGACUACGGCAACAAGUGAAUAUUCAGGAGGCCUCAUUGGAAAGUAGCACUCUGAAGUUGGCGGUUCUGGAGAAGGAGAACCGUACCCUAGUAAAAAAGGCUUCUUAUCUCAGUGAGGCUUGUGCCAAGAACAAAGAGCUGGAGAAGGACAACCAGGAACUGCUUGAACAGACUGGAGUUGACCAGAAGAUGUUGACUACAUUAAGAGAGGAACUGCUGGACCAGAGGUUCAAAAAUGAGCAGAAGGAGACUGAUCUUGAGAAACUGACUUAUGAACUGGAGAGGUUGAGGUUAAAGCACGAGACAUGUAUUGGAGACCAGGGAUCUGUAGACCAGAGCCCAUGUAAGCACUUGGAGUCCGAGCUGGAGUCUUCUCUAAUGAAAUCUCUAAAGAUUAAAAAAGAGAGAAUGGCAGCCCUGGAGGCCCGUUUGCAGGAGUCGUCCAAUAUAAACCAGCAACUACGGCACGAUCUCAAAAAUGUCAAGCAGAGCUAUGAGGCUUUGCUCCAGAGGGUGGAAGAGGAAAAUGAGGGACAAAGAUCUCCACCACUGGCUCCAAGCGCAUGGCAGAGAGAGAGCCAUGAGGCCACGUGGGCAUUGCUCAAGCUCAAAGAUCGACUCAUUGAGGUGGAGAGAAAUAAUGCAACAUUGCAGGCAGAGAAGCAGGCGUUGCACACCCAGCUGCAGAGCCUGCAGACGCAGUCAAAUGGGUUGCAGGCACAAAUUGUUGCAUUGCAACAGCAGACAGCAUCCUUGCAGGAGAACAACACAACACUGCAGACACACAAUGCCCAACUGCAGGUAGAGAAGUCCACUGUAUCUUCUCAGAAUGCCUCACUGGUGGCCCAUAAUGCCCAGCUGCAACGAGAGUGUCAGAGUUCAGAGGUAGAAAGAGAGGGUGUAGCACGAGAGAGAGAAGAUCUGCGCACCGUUAAUGAACUUCUCCUGCGGGAUCACGAGAGGCUGAGCGUCCUGCACGAGAGACAGGCAGCAGAGCUGGAGGUGCUGUCCCACAGAUACUCCACACUGGAGAACAGUCAUAGAACCCUGGAGAUAGAGCACCGAUCACUGGAGGACAAGUAUAACACACUACUUCAACAGAGGGCUCAGCUUGAGGGGUUAGAGAGAGCUCUGAGAGAGGAACAGCAGAAGAUGCAGAAUGAGAUCUGCACGCACAGGAACGCAACAGCAGAGUGCCAGAGACUCAGAGAUGAGAAAGACUGGCUGAAUCAGACCUACCAGAAGCUGUUGGCAGAAAACGAGGGACUUCAGGCAGAACACAACAGCACGAAAAGUCAGCUGAACUCAAGCAAACUGGAGCAAACACAGCUGGAGUCAGAACUGUUCAAACUCAAAGAGCACAACCAGCAGCUGAACAUCACCACCAUCAAACUGACCAACCAGUGUGAGUUGCUGACUCAGCUUAAAGGGAACUUGGAAGAAGAGAACCGCCACUUGCUGGACCAAAUCCAGAGCCUGAUGUUGCAGAACCGAACCCUUUUAGACCAGACUAUGGAAAGCAAGGACCUGUUCCAUGUAGAGCAGAGACAGUAUAUAGACAAACUGAAUGAACUUAGGAGGCAGAAGGAAAAACUGGAAGAGAAAAUCAUGGAUCAGUAUAAGUUUUAUGACCCAUCACCUUCACGCAGACGUGGGAACUGGAUAACACUGAAGAUGAGGAAGUUGAUGAAGACUCGGAAUCGUGAUCAGGAGAAUGUUCACUUUUCUACUCCCCCGCUCCGCUCGGAGUCCUGUGAAGGUCUGGAUAAACUGAGCUGCCACGACAAUGGUUCCUUCAUUGGCUCCCAGGGCUCAGAGGAAUCUGCCUCCAACUCUCUCAAUGGUGACACUCCAUCCCCCAAGAAGAGUAGCAUCAACGCUCUGAAAAUGUUUCAUGUUAAACGUUCCAAACCAAAGGAGAAAGAAAAAGUCAAGUCUCUCUUUCGUCGAUCUCUGUCCAUGUUUGACCUGCUCCAGUCAGAGGGAUGUUUGGAUGGUGAUUCUGGGCAGCUGAAGGAACAAGCAGGAGAGAAAAUAAUGCACCACUCCAUGGCCAUGUCAAAAAAACACUCCACAUCAUCAUCAUUACUUCAUUACUCUUCCAUUAGUAGUCAUAAUACUAUUCUUAAUCAAGGUAAGAAUUUACAAGAAGAUACGAUUCCACCAAAUGGCACUGAAGAACAAAAUCAUGCAGGCUUGAAUGGCAAAUCGAGUCGUGCCCCCAGUGCAAGCAGUGGUGAGUUCAGUGUGAGCUUUGAGAAUGAAGCCUGGUCCAGUGAUAGCAGCCCCCAUGUGGAUCCACUCUCAUCCAGACAUCACACAUCCAGUGACUCCUCAUCGCCAGCCCAACCCAACCACGAGGAACCCAAACUGGGCUUCUGCUCUUCAGGGAGUGGGGUACGGAGAUCCAGCAGUGGAAGAUCCACUAGGGAUCAUUCAAUCCAAAAGCUGGACAAAGCGAGCAUUGGACUGUAUAAAACUCAGAGUGUGCAAAGCACAGAGGCUGAUCCUAAACUUGCUCUUGAGACACAAGGAAAGUCAUCCUCUGUUUCAGGGUGUCUGAACUGCUUUGCCUCUCCAAUGCAAAGCCCCAAACCAGGCCAGGCACUGGCCAGUUUACCCCGUGCCAGUUACGUUAUCUCCACAUCAGAGGGCAGCACCUGGCGUGCUAGUGUUCACAGCACUAUGUCAGGGAAGUCUGUAGCAUCUCAGUCCAGUAAGAAUGGAGCAGAACCACAAAUGACUCAACCUGAACCCAAUGAAGAGGGUUUAAAAGGAAGCCCAGUCUUGGAAGAGGAAGAACACAAACCGGAAGACAUUUUUGAUUCAGCUUUCACCAUAGAUUCAGUCUUUACUAACACUAUUUUCAGUGAGUCAAGUUAGAGUAAUACCAAUCAGACCAGGCUCUAUGUAGACACCUAUGUAGUCCUGCAUUUCCAUGCUGUCCAGACUGGUAUAUGCUGGUAUUAGAUGGUUUAAGCUGGUCUAGCAGAUUCAGGCUGGACUUAACAACACUGGUGGAAUUAAUAAUGCUUUGGUAUUGGUCUUUUGGGUAAUGCUAAUUGCUAGUUAUGUGAAUGGUUGAUGCAUGAAGUCGUAUGAACUGGAACGAAUUUGCAUCUUUUAGUAUUGUGAUGAAUUCUCAUGAGACUAUGUUGGAAAAAACAUCUUAAACCAGCCUAAGAUGGUUUAGUUAGUUGGCCAGUUGAGCACCAGUUGGGCCAGACUGGGAGACCAUCUUAAACCGGCUAACACCAGCAAAAAACCUUAGACUGUUUUAAGAUGUUUUUUUCAGCCAGGAGAACACCGAUAUCCCAUUCUGGAAACUAGCGUUCAAAAUACAACGUGCUUAGUGAUGGACCAGUCAUGCCAGAAUUAUCAAAAUGAAAGACAAUUAUAUACAAUGGAAACAGUAAAAAUAAAGAGGUGAAUUCAGAGAUGGUGUAAUCAAUCAGGACGCCAAUAAACACUUUAUUGUUCUUGAAUAAUCUUUGAAUAUGUCUUGAAUAUGUUGAUGAUUCUGUACUAAAGAUAUUUGGAAUGAUAUCAUCAAGCUUCAUUAUUUUUCUCUUAUCUCCCUUUAUUUUCCAUUAUUUUUAUAUGUCAAAGCAUCUUUGUUAUUUUGUUUGCGUUUUAUGUUUGUGUUAAAUUAUCCUUGUUGUGUUAUAUUAAUUUGUGUGGAAUUACAUGCAUGAAAGACAGAAAAUUGCCAGUGGAAAUGAAAACCAAGUGUCUUACCCCUAUGUGCAUGGAGCAUCAAACUGCUGUUUCAUUGUCCUAACUACUGUAUAUUACAGUCAUAUUUCCCUUUGCAGAAAGCAGAGUGUGAUGGGUUUGUUCUGUUAUUUUUAUUUAAAUGUAAAUGCACAUUGUAUUUGUUAAACCCAGCAAUAAUCUGAGACUACCUGUGUAUCGUCUGCUGUUAUUUUGUUUUUAGCAUUUUCCCUGUUCCCCAUUGUAACAUAAUAAUAUAUGCUAGUUUGUUUGCUUUUGCACUCAAUAUAUAUAUGUCAAUCAUAAUUUUAUGAUUUACGUAUUUCAAUUUCAUAACAAAAUUCCUUCAAAUUGAUUUGUGUAAUUUUUAACAAAAUUGUAUUGAUAAAACAUAUUUCAUUUUUUUAUUGUUUUGUUAAAGAUUAUUUAGUUAAAUUUGAUUGAAUUUUAUGAAAUUGAAAUGCAUACAUCUUAAAAAAUAUAUUAUUAUUAGUGUGUUGUUGUAUUUUGUGUUUAUCGUACCUGCUUUUUACGAAGUAUAUGUCGCUCAAAAUAUAAAAAAUAAA